CUAACAAGAGACCUAAAAUUGUUAAUGAUACUCCUUCAGGCUACUGUGAUCUUUUUAGUAGAUGCUGGUCCUCUAAUCCAGAAGAUCGUCCCUCAUUAGAUGCUAUUUUAAGCCAACUCGAAAAUCUGUCAACAGAACCUAUCAAAACAAUAACAAAUCAUAUUGUAAUUCGCGAUAAAAACAAUAUUAAUCAAGAUAAAUCUAUUGACAAUUCAUCUGAAAAUGAAAGUUGA